CGUCCACGACCAGGUAUUGUUGAGGAGGGCGGAUGAAAGUAUCCAAGGGAAACAGUCGCUCCACGGGGCGCCUUCCAGCGCCGCACCAUAACAACACGCCCCCGACACGCCCCUCGGAUGACGGAGGCGCACUUCCGGUCAGACGUUGUUACCAAACAUUCCUUUGCAUAAGCUGAAGACAAUUUGCUGUUUGUCAUCUUGUGGACAUUCGCAACGUUCCGUUGUUUCCUCCAACUUUUCUGGCGCCCUCAAGUGACCGUAAGCUUCAUGUUCAGCGUCGCGUAUGUUAGCAACAUUAGCAUCACGUGCUAGCGACUCUUGGCAUGGUCAGUUUGAGUCCAAGUUCAAAUUACUGUCAGUCGGAUGUUUGCCAACGUGAGGACACGUUUAACCUCGAGUUUAUCGAGAUUUGUCUUUGGCUUGAACGCAAAUGGGGCGUCCAGACUGGCACCAGUGGUCUGCAGACGUCAACAUCAGCCCUCCAGGUCCAAUGUCAGGGUCCUGUACGACGGCCUCUGUCCCAUAUGUGUGAGAGAGAUCCGUGCCCUCCAGUUCCUGCAGAGAAACAAGCCUGAGAAGGUGGACUUUGUCGAUAUCUCCCUUCCUGACUACGAUGGGUCCAAAUAUAUGGGAGUCGACUACGACAUGGCCAUGGAGGAGAUGCACGUCAUCGACAAGAAAGACCAGGUUCACCGUGGCGUCCCUGCGUUUGCGGUGAUGUAUAGUGCCGUCGGCCUCGGCUUCCUGGGUCGCAUCAUGACCUGGCCCCUUGUGAGGCCGAUGAUGGACAAAGCCUACGCCGUCUUUGCCAGGAACCGCCUAAAGUGGACUGGGCGCCAGGACUGCACCACUGGCCGCUGUGAAAAGAGACCUUAAAGAAAUGUGAAAUACUUUACUGUUUAUCUGUUAAUUAUGAUCAAGCUGACCUCAGAGAUGAAUAAAAACGUGUUCAUAAAGGGA